GUUGUGAACAAAAUAUCAAGUGAGCUACAUGUACCUACAUUAAUCACGGUUAUGGGGGCGGAGAGUUAUGAACUACUCGUGAGUUUGUGUACCCCGGAAAAACCCACAUCAAAAACGUUUUUAGAACUAACAAAAAUUUUGGAAAAUUACCUUCAACCAAAACCCAGCGAGCUGGCGGAAAGAUUUAAAUUCCGACAAAGAAAACAAAGGGACGGUGAAAGUAUAUCAGAAUAUGUAACGGACCUAAAGAAAAUGUCGAAAACUUGCGAGUUUGAUAGCUGGUUGCAAGAAAGUUUGCGCGAUCAGUUCGUAUGCGGUAUCAGUAGUGAAACAAUUCGGCAGAGAUUAUUUGCCGAAAGCAAACUAGACUUUGGCAAGGCUUAUCAAUUAGCCGUGAGUAUGGAGGCGGCGGAGAAGGAUGCAGCCAGCGUCGAUGUGCAUCCGAAAAUAUCUGGAGACUCGAGCGCAUCCACAAACUGCUACGCGAUGAUCAGUACAAGACGGACCGGGCGCGCGAUCGGUUGUGACGGCGAGCGGCGCGCGGGCAGUAAGGGCGAGGUCAGGAUGCGUGGCAGAGCAUCCAGGAUAGCAGCAGCAACGCCCACCGGGCCGAGGGUACCAACAUCGGUGCUGGAUGAUCGACGACGACACCAGCGCGAGUGUCGUGCGUGCGGUAAUGCACACGAUGUAGUGACCUGCAAGUUUGCUCGCUACGUGUGUCGAGUGUGCAAUAAACAAGGGCAUUUACAAAGGAUGUGUCCUUAUCUAGCAGGACAACACAGCCUCAACGUGGUGCAGAGUGAGACUGACAGUUUAUUAAACAGUGAAGGAAGUGACGAGUUCCAGAUAUUGUAAGGUGUUCGCGGACGGCCUGGGACGGUUCACUGGGCCGCCGGUGAGCAUCCGUGUGCGGGAGGGAGCGCAGCCCGUGUUCAUGCGAGCGCGUCCGCUGGCUUAUGCGUUGCGUGCACCCGUGGAGCGCGCACUCGAGCAGCUGGUGGCGGACGGUAUUCUCACACCCGUCGACCGCUCCGACUGGGCGACUCCCAUUGUGCCCGUAGUGAAAAAAGACGGUAACAUUAGGAUUUGCGCCGAUUAUAAGUUAACUUUAAAUAAAGUUAUAGAAGUCGACCGUUAUCCUUUGCCUAGAGUAGAAGACUUACUGGUACGUUUACAAGGGGGGCAGAGGUUCAGUAAAAUUGACCUUUCACAAGCUUACGCACAAUUUGUACUGGACGAAUCUGCCAAAUAUACGGUGAUCAACACACAUAAAGGUUUGUUUAGGUAUAACCGCUUAGUAUACGGCUUAUCAUCAAGCCCUGGCAUUUUUCAAAAACAUUUAGAGCAAUUAUUUAAUCUACCGUAUGUUGGCGUAUUUUUGGACGAUAUAAUUAUUACAGGGCGCAACACAGAGGAGCAUAUUAGUAAUUUACAUAAAGUAUUUGACCGUUUGCAGUCGUACGGACUUCGAGUUAAAAAGGAAAAGUGUGUAUUUUUUGCUGAAUCAGUCAAUUACUUAGGUUAUGUAAUUAGUAAGGAUGGUAUUCACACUUGUCCGGAUAAGAUUAAGGCAAUAGGUAGACACCCCCGUUCCUACGAACGUGUCUGAGUUAAGGGCCUAUAUAGGAAUGAUAAUGUAUUAUGCAAAAUUCGUAAAAAAUAUCAGCACUAUUCUCGCACCCUUAUAUAAUUUAUUGCGUACGGGAAUAAAAUUUGAUUGGUGUGACGAUUGUCAAAGAGCCUUUAAAAAGGUAAAAGAACUAUUGAGUUCUAGUAAAAUUCUAAUGCAUUACUCUAGCGAUUUGCCUAUUGUGCUGACGUGUGAUGCGAGUAGCGUGGGUGUAGGUGCAGUGAUCUCGCACCUGACGCCAGAGGGCGAGCGGCCGGUGGCGUAUGCGUCGCGCUCGCUCACGGCUGCAGAGCGAGCCUACUCGCAGAUCGAUCGGGAGGCGCUCGCUAUUGUGUUCGGUGUAAGAAAAUAUCAUCAGUAUCUUUAUGGGCGAAAAUUCAUAUUGCGUACGGACCAUAAACCGUUAACACACAUAUUCGGUAAAAAAACGGGAAUACCGGUUAUGGCCGCUUCACGUAUCCAACGUUGGGCCGUACUUUUAUCUGGUUACGACUACAAUAUCGAAUACGUAACGUCUAAUAAAAAUUGCGCCGACGGUUUAUCAAGAUUACCAAUUUCUUCUAAUAAUAAAAAAACGAUAAAUAGAGAAAUUACUUAUAUUAACUUCGUUGAAAAUUUUUUACCGGUUACUAAUGAGGAUGUUACGAAGGCGACUUCAAAGGAUAUUAUUCUUAGUAGAAUUUUCGCCUAUAUCAAAUCGGGUUGGCCGACAGUUUGCCCUGGUGAAGAGGUUAAACCUUAUUUUGUUAGGCGCAAUGAACUAUAUUUAGAUAACGGAUCGAUUAUGUGGGGGUAUAGAAUGGUAAUACCUUCAUAUUUACGUCCAAUUAUUUUAAAACAACUACACAGCAGCCACAUGGGUAUUGUAAAAAUUAAGGGGCUGGCACGGAGUUAUGUGUGGUGGUCGAACAUCGAUGCGGAUGUGGAAGCGCUAUGCCGAAGCUGCGAGACCUGCGCCUCUGAGGCGGACGCCCCGCCGCGCGCGCCUCCUAACCCCUGGCCCUACUUGCCUCCCUGGUCUAGAGUUCACAUAGACUUCCUAGGACCGUAUAAAGGUAAAACUUAUUUAGUUUUAAUAGAUUCGAGCUCGAAAUGGCUUGAAAUUAUUGAAGUAGCGCGAACGAAUGCGACUUCCAUUGUUAAGGUGCUGAGGUCAAUAUUUGCAAGAUUCGGUUUGCCCUUAGAACUAGUGUCUGACCAGGGACCGCCUUUCACAAGUAUUGAAUUUAAAAGUUUUUUGAAAAAUAAUGGCAUUCAGCAAAGGUUUUCACCGGCGUACCACCCUGCAUCUAAUGGGGCAGCGGAAAAUGCUGUUAAGCUGUGUAAGAGGGCAAUUAAAAAGGCUUAUAGGGAUGACGUAGAUAUUGAUACCGCCCUACAAACCUUUUUACUAAGCUAUCGCAACAGUAAGCAAAGCACCACGGGUGAGAGCCCAGCGAUGCUGCUGCAGCGACGUUCCUUGCGUUCACGGUUGGAUUUACUUCGCGGUGGGUACGUGGUGCAAGCGCGUGUGCUCGAUGCUCAGCAGCGUCAAGUCGAAUAUGCGGGUGGUGUUCCGCGUAAUUUCUCUUUGGGAGACACCGUCUGGAGUAGGGACUACGGCACCCGGGAUAAAUGGGUCAAGGGCACGGUAGCCCAGAAAGAAGGUUCUGGAAGAUACGUUCUCGACAAUGGUGACGGUCGACUUAUUAAAAGACAUAUUGAUCAAAUAAGACGUAGGUCGCGCUUAUCCGAUGUUACCUGUCCAGAUAUCACUAAUGAGGUCGAUGAAAAGGAUGAGGAUGAGUUUGCAGAUGCGUCUUCAGAGUUGCAAACGAAGGUGGCGGUUUCGGCUGGACAAGAUGACGUGGAUACCGAGCACGUGGCAGAUACGCAAUGUCCCAGCGAGACUGUACCAGGCCCCGCCACUCCUCCACAACCAUCGCCACCGUCGCGGCCAGUGACCCGUUCCAGGCGAAUCCGAAAACCCGUAAUUAAAUUCCAAUGUUAGAUUAAUGGUAUACUUAGUUAAAUUAUAAGUUUAAAACUAGUUAUUAAGUUCAUUGCUAUAUAAUUAUGUAGAUAUUUAAGGCUGGAGGUGUAAGGUAUUUGUUAAUUAUUGUAACGUCACCGCUCAGUCCGCCAUUAAAGCCGUUACGAG